AUUUUCUUAGUAACCCUGACUGACGAUGCAUGAUCAUCGACCAAAAUGUCCCGAGAUCUCAACAAUAUGUGGCUUAGUCAUCUGAUCGGAAAAUUAGUUUACCCGGCGUUGCUGCCCGCACUCUCGUUGCCGCUGUUUGUGUUUAGCUUCGAGAGAAGCGGAAGCAUACAAAUAUAACAACUGUGCUUGUUGAACUAUUCCCCCCAUUCAACAACGUAUAUUCCUGAAUAUACUUAACAUGGAUGCUGAACUUCAGGCAGUUGCGCAGCUUCUCCAAGCUACUUUGGAUCCGCGCCAGCAUAAACAAGCUGAGGCGGAGCUGUUGAAAAUACAGCAGGAGAAGCCGGCAUUUUCGUUAUCGCUCUUGCAGAUAGUAGCUUCUGAGUCUUUCCCUUUGAACACCAGACUAUCAAGUGCUUUGUGCUUCAAGAACUACAUCCGGUUCAACUAUGUGGACGAGGAAGGUCGAUACAAGCUUCCCGAGUCAACAGUAGUUACGAUUAAAAGUGAGCUUAUUGGGCUUAUGAUAAGAGUGCCGUCAUCCAUACAAGCACAGCUUGGGGAAGCGAUCAGUUUGAUUGCGGAUUCAGACUUCUGGCAACGUUGGGAUACGCUUGUCGGUGAUCUUGUUUCUCGCCUGACACCUGAUAACGCAAAGGUCAACAACGGAGUCUUGGAGGUUGCACACUCGAUCUUCCGGCGCUGGCGGCCGCUUUUCCGCUCAGACGACCUCUUUGCGGAGAUCAAUCAUGUGCUGGGGAAGUUUGCGGAACCGUUCUUACAAUUACUUGUGAGCACCGAUAGGCAGAUCGAGGCCAACAAAGACAAUGCAGCUUCAUUAAAGGAGAAUUUCGCAACUAUGAACCUUUUGGUGAAGCUUUUCUACGAUCUGUCGUGCCAGGAUCUUCCACCAGCUUUCGAGGACAACCUCCAGUCUAUUACCACGCUACUCCAGAAAUACCUGACUUACGAUAACCCCCACCUACACACGGGUGACGAUACUGAAGCCGGGCCACUAGAGUUUGUGAAAACAGAUAUUUGCGAAGUUUUGGUGCUGUACGUCCAGAAGUACGAAGAUGCUUUUGGAGAGCUCCUUCAACCAUUCAUUACCAGUGUAUGGAACCUUCUCACGACCAUCGGCCAAGAAACGAAAUACGACCUCGUUAUUAGCAAAGGGCUGCACUUCUUAACUGCAGUUUGUGGGAUAAAGAAACACGCAGAGAACUUCAACAACGAGGGUGUACUUGAGCAAGUUGUUGAGAAAGCUAUACUUCCAAGUGUAAGCUUAAGAGAAUCCGAUAUUGAGCAAUUCGAAGAUGAGCCGAUUGAGUAUAUUCGCAAAAAUCUCGAGGGCUCAGAUAUUGACACUAGGAGGAGAGCAGCGACAGAAUUCCUGAGGACUCUCCUGGGCCAUUUUGAACCUCUCCUUACCAAGGUUGUCGGGAAAUACGUCGAGCAUUACUUUGAGAAGUAUGCUCAAGACCCCAAAAAUGAGUGGCGCUCCAAAGACGCCGCCAUUUAUUUAUUCUCUGCAAUUGCAGCAAGAGGAGCAUCAACUUCUAGCCAUGGAGUUAAGACAACGAAUCAGCUGUUGGAUGUGGUGGAGUUCUUCCAGAAUAACAUCGCAAGCGAUCUCUUGAAUUCUGAGGGCGUCGAGCCAAUCCUGAAAGUGGAUGCCAUCAAUUACCUUUACACCUUCAGAAGCCAGUUGACGCAUGAACAGUGGCAGGCUGCAUUCCCGCCUCUUGUCCAGAACCUGGCUUCUCCCAAUUAUGUCGUUUACACUUAUGCUUCGAUUGCUGUGGAGCGGGUGUUAAGCUUGGUGGAUGACUCUGGAAAGCACGUAUUUGGCAAAGAUCAAGUUCAGCCAUAUGCGAAAGACCUUGUGGAGCACUUGUUCCAUCUGAUCGAGAAGGAUGCGGCACCAGAAAAGAUCCAGGAGAAUGAAUUCCUGAUGCGCUGUGUUAUGAGAGUGUUAAUCGUCAUUAGAGAAGGUGUUAUCCCAAUCACAGACACCGUUCUUCAACAUCUCAUCAAUAUUACCGAGAUCAUCAGCCGAAACCCCAGCAACCCGCGAUUCUACUACUACCACUUUGAAGCGCUGGGCGCUCUAAUCAGAUAUGGUGCUCCUUCUCAGCCAGAAAGGUUCGAAGAAGCACUGUACGCGCCAUUUGCCGGAAUCCUAACGAAUGACGUCGAGGAAUUCAAGCCAUACGUAUUCCAAUUGUUCGCCGCACUUUUGGAAUCGAGACCUUCGGAGGCUCUUUCUGAAUACUACAAAGCUCUGAUUACUCCAAUUCUUAUGCCGGAUCUGUGGAUAUCCAAGGGAAAUGUGCCAGCUCUAUCCCGCCUUUUGUGCUCCAUUAUCCCUCGUGGCGCCCAGGAUAUUGUGGCCAACAACCAAAUCGAGGCGGUUCUUGGAGUAUUUCAGAAUCUUAUAACUAAGAAAGCCAAGCUCGAGUCAUAUGCAUUCGACAUUUUGGAGAGCGUCGUUUCAACGUUCAACGGCCAAACCCUGGUCACAUACUUCCCCGCCAUUCUUCAACUCGUCUACUCGCGCCUAUCAGCGCCGAAUGUGACUGAUGCAUUCAAGCUUCGGUUCGUGCGAUUCUAUCACCACGUCUCUGCUCUCAACGACCCCAAGCAUGGGUUCGGCGCAGAUUAUUUCAUCGCCGCUUCCGACAGCAUCCAAGGCGAUGCUUACGUCCCCCUCUACCUUACCAUCAUCCUCCCCUUCACGCAGCAACUUGCCAAGCCGAUUGACCGCAAGACCGCUGCCAUCUCUCUCACCAAGACGCUCACCGACUCGGAUAAGUUUGCCUCGAAAUACGUGAAAGGCUGGACCCUUACCGCAGGAACACUCAUCAACCUCAUGGUGAAUGCGCCAAUGCCAGUGGCGGAUGACGCAGUCGUUGUGGAGCAGGAUGUGGACGAUCUGACCUUCGGCGUCGGCUUUACACAGCUGAAUACCUGUCGCCGCCAGCCGAAGGACGCCUGGCCUGAGAUGACGGAUAUCAAGACCUGGGUCGCGCAGUACUAUCGUGCCGGUGGACAGCAGGGAAGCGGAGCUGAUGCAGCAACGCUGGCCGGCUGGGUUAAUGAGAGGCUGAACGAUGAGCUGCGCACAGCCUUUACGGCGUGUCUCAGCUGAGCUAGCGGAAUGGAGAAGGCCGUAGGCGGCACUUUUCAGGCGUAUAAAAGGAUAGAAAAAGUGAUGUCUGACGACAUUUGGCGGGCUUAUGGGGAAAUCCGGCCUGGGAGGGAGGGGCACUACAAGUGUAGAAGGAUGGAUUUCGAGCUCGGUAUUUAGUUAAAAUUAUGGAAACGAUGAUACCACGUGCUGUUCGAACCUGAGAUAUCUUUGAUACAACUCUGAUUUCAUUUUGAAGUGCCUCUCCGAUGUCGUCGAGAGAUGGAGUGCUAGGGUUCGCACCUAGUAUUGUGCAUGAAGGCCCGAAUGUGAGCCAAGAUCAGAUGCCAUUUUGUCUUAUUACAUCGUCUCAUUUCCAUACAUGUCUAUAAGUAACCCACAACACAUCCUAUGUAACUACAUACAGUACAGUGUAUACUCUUACACGGGCAACCUUAGGGUAUCUAUCCAAUACAUCACAAUACACCUCCUCGACCCUAGCUUGUGCUCACCCCCUCAGCCGCUAAUAUAGCCUCCUCUGUCUGAGUCCCCGCCUCCCUCUGCUUCUUCGCCGCUUGUCUCUGCAGCUCUUCCUUCCUCUCGGCCUUCUGUAACGCGAGAGCGGACUCCUGACUGCGAUAGCUCGCGAGCCUCAGACUCGAAAGCACGACGAACGCCAUGAAGACGAUAGCUAGCACGGCGCGGCGCGUCAGGAUCCAGCGCACGCCCUCAACCUCGGACUUGGUGUCACUGUUGAGCGCGACGGUGAUCUUGUAGCUGAGUUCCUGGAUCUACAAUGGGUUACUAAAUACACUGCUCGGAGGAGGAAAGGGGGACGAGGACACAUACCUGGCUCUCCAUAUUCGAGUGUUCCAUCCGCACCUCCAUCUUGCGAUCAUUGAACAUCUCCUUCAACUCAUCCUUCAGCGUCGCCAAAUCCUGCGUCAUCUUCUGAUUCAAGAUAUCCGCCUCAUUCUGCAGCAUUGUGCGCCUCAGUCGCAUCCCCUCCGCGCUCGCCUUGCGCGCAUUCUGGAUUUCGGUUCGCAGCUCCGAACACGCCGCUUGGAAGAGGUACGUCUCGUUCUCCACGUCGCUCUUGCUCACUAGCCCGUCUUUGGCCAUGUCCAGGUUGGCGGUGAGUAGUGCCCGCACGAUCUUCAUCGUUUCCACGCUCUGUGUGGAGGUGAAACCCCCUUCGGCGAUACGCUGCGUCAAAGUGUAGGAGUCGAAGUGGUGCACGUACGGCGAGGGCGCGAGGUGCGGGAGGCUGCCGAUGAGGCUCUCGAGUGGGGGAUCCAUGUGCAGGACUGAGUCUGUGAGAGGGGUGUCGCGAUUGGCACUCGGAGCUGGUGCGUCAUCGCUGAUUUGUGCAGGAUUGUCCCUGUCCUUGUCGGUCUCCACCUCCGCCUUCUCCUCCACUGCCGGCGUCGGUGCUGCCGCCGCAUCGUCCUUUUCCCUCGCUGCAUCCGCAGCUAAGAUACCCCCCUCCGCAAUCGCAUCGGCAGUAUCAUUCUCUACAGCCCCCUCCGGCCGGCUCGAUACCCGUCCCUCACCCACAUUGCUCUCCUCCAUCUUCUCCUCCUUUCCCUCCUUCUCCCCUUCAGCAAUUGGUUCAACACCUUUCCCCCUCCUCUCCGCGAACUUCACCCUCCCCCCUGCCGUCCCCGCAAACCCCGCUCUCCUCUGCCUCCCCGAGUGCGCGCAUUGGCGCACAGCAGCCCCGGGCCCAGGACACUCGACGCGGCGCACGGCGCGGAAGAGGUGCGGGUAUAGGAAUGUGAGGCGCGUGGUCGACAUCGUUGUUACGUCGAGUUCGUUGUGGUUGCAACUUGCGCGCGUGCGUGUGUGCGGGUUGUGAGCUGCUGGAUUGGAUCUUGGAGCUGGUCAGCGAGUAUGGAAGCAAGCUUUAUGGCAGGGGGGCGAGGCCGCUGGGGAAUGGUGUUCCAGGUGUGGGGUAGACACGUGAUGGGGAUGACCCC